AUGGCAGCAUCAUUUGGUUUCUCUCUGAAAUGUUUUCGUCGAUUGAAGCUCUCAACAGUAAUUAAGCAGAAACGGUACAUGUCUGUUCGCUUGAGUCGUUUCGAUUCUGAGAUCCUGGACUAUGACAAAUACUGUUCCACACUAAGAAGUGUCAAUGAAACACUAGCACGUCCAUUGACAUUAUCCGAGAAGAUUCUCUAUGGUCAUCUCUCUGACCCGAAAACGAAAGAUAUAGUGCGUGGAUCUAGUUAUUUGAACCUCUCUCCCGACCGUGUUACAAUGCAGGAUGCAACAGCACAAAUGGCUAUUCUGCAAUUCAUGUCCAGUGGUAUACCUCGCGUUGCUGUUCCCACAACCGUCCACUGCGAUCACUUAGUCCUUGCUCGUGAGGGUGGUGACAAGGACAUUUCCAACGCGCUUACCGUUAACAAAGAAGUGUACGAUUUCCUUGCCUCUGCCUCUUCCAAGUUUAAUAUUGGAUUUUGGCAGCCGGGUUCUGGGAUCAUUCAUCAGAUAAUGCUGGAAAAUUACUGCUUCCCUGGGGCGCUCAUAAUUGGAACUGAUAGUCAUACACCAAACGGUGGCGGUCUGGGAGGUGUAUGCAUUGGAGUGGGCGGUGCCGAUGCCGUGGACGUAAUGGCAGGCCUAGAUUGGGAACUAAAGUGUCCCAAAAUAAUUGGAGUUGAGCUGGUCGGCAAGUUGUCCGGUUGGACGUCGGCCAAAGAUGUAAUUCUCAAGGUGGCGGAUAUAUUGACCGUGAAGGGAGGCACUGGAGCCAUUAUUGAGUACUUUGGGCCAGGGGUGGAGUCCAUAUCAUGCACGGGAAUGGCGACAAUCUGCAACAUGGGCGCUGAGAUUGGUGCUACGACCUCUGUGUUUCCAUUCAAUGAUAGAAUGGUGGAUUUCUUGAGGGCUACUGGCAGAGGAGACAUUGCUGAUUUAGCAAGCAAGUACAGGAGCAAAUUGCUCUCCCCUGAUAAGGGAUGUGUCUAUGACCGCGUCAUCAAGAUUGACUUGAGCGAGCUGGAACCGCAUCUGAACGGACCCUAUACUCCCGAUUUGGCUCAUCCCAUCUCAAAGCUGAAAUCGGAGGCUGAAGCAGCGGGAUGGCCAAUGGAGAUCUCGGCAGGUCUGAUAGGCUCCUGCACCAACUCCUCCUAUGAGGACAUGUCCCGCGCUGCGAGUGUGGUGCGGCAGGCGCUGGAGCACGGCAUCACUAAGGUGCCAACAAAACUUAUCGUGACCCCAGGUAGUGAGCAGAUCCAUGCGACGAUUGAGCGAGACGGACUGAUUGAUGUGUUCAAAGGAUUUGGAGGUUUGGUGCUUGCCAACGCUUGUGGACCCUGUAUUGGUCAAUGGGAUCGCAAGAGCCCACCGGCGGACGCCUCCCACGUGAAGGUGAUGAUUUCACCGACGAGCGAUCGUCUCCAGGUCCUCUCUCCCUUCGCACGAUGGGAUGGCAAGGACUUCCUCGAUAUGCCAGUGCUCAUCAAGGUGCGUGGCAAAUGUACCACCGACCAUAUUUCUGCUGCUGGACCCUGGCUGAAGUUCCGAGGCCAUCUGGACAACAUAUCAAACAACAUGUUCAUCGGAGCAGUGAAUAGCGAGAAUGGGGAGAUGAACCGCGUGUGCCACCGGCCAAGCGGAGAGUGGGACACAGUGCCGGCAGUGGCACGGCGCUACAAGGCUGCAGGAGUGCCCUGGGUGGUGGUAGGCGAUGUGAACUAUGGUGAGGGCAGUAGUCGCGAGCACGCUGCUCUUGAACCGCGUCAUCUCGGCGGUCGUGCCAUCAUUGUCAAGAGCUUUGCGCGUAUUCAUGAAACCAAUCUGAAGAAGCAAGGCAUGCUUCCACUGACCUUCGUGAACCCCGAGGACUAUGACAAGAUUCAACCUUCAGACAAGGUCUCUCUGUUGGAUUUGAAAAAUCUCACUCCUGGAAAGGGCACUAAUAAGUUCAAGGUCAGUCAAGUACGAGAAGUACACGAGACCGGAUCUACCAGGUGUCGUCAGUCUUAUUCAUUGGUCAGCUGGCUGUCAUGCACGCCAACACCGCAUUCGCUUAUUUGCUCGUGUCUCAUCCAUUCAUCUUCAUUUGUCCCAGCUUGCCAACCUUCCGUUGUCUCCCAUCCCAUCCUUCGUAUCGCCUAA